AUGAAUAAUUUGAAUAAACUCGCAUUAAAGCAAGUCCAAAGUCUACAAAAAGAUUUAGAGAAAUUUGAACAGGAGGAGGACCCUUCUGUUGGGCUUCAAGGACAAAUCUCAGCUAGUCUUACUGCUUUGAAACGGACAAUCGAUGAUUAUGACGGGCUUGCUAAGCGUGAAAUAAUUCUUGUAAAGCAGGAAAAAGCAUUAGCGAAUGUUAUCAAAUUGAGAGAUGAAUAUAAUAACCUAAGAGGGCAAUUUGACAAGUUAAAGCAACGCGAACAAAGUCGGCCUGAAUAUCCAUUUCAACAUGAUUUCCGAGAACAACAUGCACUACGUGAACAAGAUUUUCUCAAUGAGACAGAAACAAAGCUUGAUGAAUUUAUAGCACAUGGACGAGAAGUACUAAACAAUGUCUAUGAUCAGAAUAAUGUUCUAAAGAGUGCACAACGAAGAAUUCUUGAUACGGCCAAUGCACUUGGGUUAUCACGUAACGUAGCUCAGUUGUACGCAGUAGCUGAAGCUUCAAAAGCAGAAACAGGCGGAGGAGAAGGUGUAGAGGUUCUAAAAAAUGAACCUUACGAGAAUGAGAGUGGAAAAGGACAAUACACUUAUAAAAUAUAUCAUCUUUCUAGCAAAGUUCCAUCCAUUAUAAGAGUGCUUGCACCGAGUGGUGCUCUGGAGUUAUAUGAGGAAGCUUGGAAUGCGUAUCCUCAUUGCAAAACAGUUUUGACGAAUGGGUACAUGAAAGAUAAUUUUAAGUUAGUCACCGAAACCAUGCACGUUGAUAAUAGCUUUGGAGAAAUAGUAAACGCACUGAAUGUAUCGCCAGAAAUUCUUGAAAAACGACAAGUAGUAAUUAUAGAUGUUGCAAAUGACCCAAUCGAUCAAAAAGACUACCAAACAGAACAGGAUCCGAAAUUAUAUCAUUCUGAGAAAACUGGUCGAGGGCCCUUGGCUGAUAAAGAUUGGAUGCAAAAAGUCACACCGAUAAUGACUUGCUAUAAAUUAGUCACGGUGGAAUUCAAGUGGUUUGGUCUUCAAAGUAAAAUUGAGGCUUUUAUUCAUAGUACUAUGCAAUCACUUUUUACAAAAUUUCAUCGACAACUUUUCUGUUGGACUGAUAAAUGGUAUGGUAUGACGAUGGAUGAUAUUCGUGCAUUCGAAGAUAAAACGAAACUAGAACUGGAUGAGUCUCGUGCCCAGCCUGGCCUCCAAGAAAACGGGGAAACAGUCGAAUCAGAAACAGUUAAAUCAGAAUUCGAAUAA